AUGCUUCGCGCACUCUUAGCCUCGAGCAGGCCGCUGCUCGCCCGCAUGCGUGCGGUGACUGUGCAUCAUGCGCACCCACACUUCCACCCCGUGGCUCCUUCGACCAUGCAAGCAUCGCCGGCACUCGCGAGGGGGAUGAAGGUCAGGUCGUCGGUGAAGAGGCUAUGCGAUGGGUGUUCGGUUGUCAGGAGGAAGGGCAGAAUUUACAUCAUCUGCGCGAAAAACCCGAGGCACAAACAGGUGCGU